AUGGAAAAAGACACGAAGUCCUGUUUUACUAGUGCCAUGCAACUUGAAGGUGGCAAAAACAUACCUCAACGAUACAUUCUCCCUCCACUACAAAGACCAAAUAUCAAUAAUAAUGAUUUCUCUUCUUCUUCUUCUUCAACCACCAUUAUCCCUGUGAUUGAUCUAUCUUUGUUGAAUGAUCCCUUAACUAGGUCUCAAACCAUCAACGAGAUUCGUUCAGCUUGCGAUAAACUUGGGAUUUUUCAGGUGAUAAACCAUGGGAUGCCAAUUUCGGUGAUGGAAGAUGCUCUAGCCAUAAGCAAAGAGUUUUUUCAGUUGCCAAGCGAAGAGAAGAUGAAAUUUGCUUCUGGAAAUGUUCACGAUCCAGUUAGAUAUGGUACUAGUAUGAAUCAUGUUCGUGAUAACGUCUUCUGCUGGAGAGACUUCCUAAAGCACUAUGCAAAUCCAAUUUCGGAAUGGAGCCAUACGUGGCCUUUGAACCCUCCGGGUUAUAGACAAAAACUAGGAAGCUAUGCAAAGGCUGUUCACCUAUUGCAAACGCAACUAAUGAGAGGUGUUAUAGAAAGCCUAGCUGGAGUAAAAAAUGCUGAUUACUUAGAUGAUGACAUCAAACAAGGCUCUCAACUCAUGGUUCUAAACUACUACCCAUCUUGUCCAGAACCAGAUCUUGCAUUAGGAAUGCAAGCACACACCGAUUUCGGAACCAUGACCAUCCUAAACCGAACCGAACCAGGACUAGAAUUCAUGGACGUCAUGACUGGUACAUGGCAUCCAGUUUCAUCUAUCCAAGGAGGAUUAGUAGUUUUACUAGGGGAUCAAACUGAAAUAAUGAGCAACGGUAAAUACAAAAGUUUGAUUCAUAGAGCAACUGUUAACAUGGAGCGGACUCGCUUGUCUAUUGCAAGCAUUCAUAGUUUGCCCAUUCAGAAAAAGGUGGGACCCAUACUUGAUUUAGUCAACAGUCAACAUCCCAUUGCUUACAAAGAAGGUAGCUUUGGUGAGUUUCUUGAUCACAUAUCUGCUAAUUCUCUUGGAGGUACUAAAUACAUUGACACCUUGAAAAUCCCGCGGUAG